GGUUUAGACGUGUUGCGCACACAUUGUAUUCUUUAAAGCUCUCUUAGUCAAAUUAAGUGAAAAUUGUUGUGUGAAAAAGCAAGAUGUCAGCAACCAUAGAAGUGUGUACAAAUGGGACUGCGGAAACCAUUAAAAGCGCAACGGAAACUACUAACAAUGGUGCUGCAGCCAAUGGCGCACCGAAUGCUAAGGGUGAAGUUCCCGAAUGGCUGAAAAAAGAUCUAUUUGUAGAUCUGCUGCAGAAAAACGUACCAAAUUUUAAGAGCAUUAAAAAUUUCACUGCCAAAGUUUCGGAAGGCGCUGGCGAAAAUUACGCCACACUCUUGGUCUCGGUGAAUUUAGGCGCAGAGCUUGAAGAUGGAAAAAUAGGAAAUUUCUCAUAUAUGAUCAAACUGCCCAUCGACGCGGUGCAGGAACUAAUGGCGAAUAGUCAUAAUAUAUUUGAUACAGAAAAUGUCAUGUAUAAAGACGUGAUACCGGAAAUGGAGCAAAUGUAUAGAGAUGCGGGUGUUGACGUGAAAUUCGGAACAAAAUAUUACGACAUAAAAACGCCAUCCAAAUAUGGUGUUAUACUCAUGGAGGAUUUACGUCCCCAUGGUUUCAAAAAUGUCAACCGUCUUGAGGGUUUCGACAUGGAACACACCAAGGCCGCAUUGAAAAAGUUGGCACAAUGGCACGCCGCAUCAGCGGUGCGUGUUGAAACCAAAGGGCAAUAUCCGAAAAUAGUUUCUGAUGGACCAUUUAAUGAGGACUUCUUAAAAAUGAUGGAAGAGAUGGGUGAAUCAAUGUCUGCAUUGUAUAUGGAAUGUGUGCGCACGUAUGAGGGCCAUGAAGAGUACUACGAUAGUUUGAAACGAAACCGUGAGAACUUUGCGGAACAAUUUCGUCCGCUGCUGAAAAUCGAUCCAAAUGAGUUCAAUGUUUUAAAUCAUGGAGACUUUUGGGCCAACAAUGUUAUGUUCCAAUAUGAUGACGCGGGCAAACUUAAGGAAACUUAUUUCGUUGACUUUCAGAUGACGCGUUAUGGUCCACCGAUAAAUGAUCUGUAUACUUUGCUGAUAUCGUCAACGAACCUGGAUGUGAAACUAAAGCAUUUCGAUUAUUUUAUUAAAUACUAUCAUGAUAAUUUGAUUGAGUACUUGAUAUUACUGAAAUAUCCCAAAAAACUACCCACACUUAAAGAAAUCCAUAUAGCCAUGCUCAAAUAUGGCACUUUCGCUGUGAACACAGUUAUUGGUCAUUUGUCCAUCGUGCUGCUCGAGCCAAAUGAGACAGCUAGUAUAGCCAAUAUAAUCGGCGAUUCAGAAGAUAGCAUUGCUCUGAAAAAAGCGAUGUAUACAAAUUCACGUUAUCGGAAACACGUUGAGGCAUUAUUUCCUUGGCUUUAUCAUCGUGGCGCGUUUUAGUGACUAAUAGAACGUGUGAAUACCCAUAAUAUAUAUUUAAUUUUAAUUGAAAUAAAUGUACAUGAAUAAAAAUUGUUAAGUCUAAUUGAUUUUUAAUUGGCAAAUUUCUCUGGUCCAAUGAACAAAGCUACUGUGAAAACACUUUAUGGAAA